CAUCAUCACCAUCAUCAUCAUCAUAGGAAACGUUCCAAUCAUCAUCAUCACCAUCAUCAUCAUCAUAAUUUUCAUCAUCAUCAUCAUCAUCACGGUAAGGCGGGUCAAAAGCAAAAGCCAUCUCGCCAUCAAAAGCAACAACAAAAACAUCAUAUGCUGCAAUAUGUAGCUGCUGCUGCUGCUGCUUCGGCAGCGACAAACACAGUAACACCUACCAGUUUGGCAGCAGCAGCAGCUGCUUUAAUUUCCACUUCAACUGUAGCAGCUGUUGCGGCGUCUGCUGCAUCUGCGCCUAGCGCAUCUUUUUCAACUGCUGCUGCUGUCACCUCGAUUGUAAAUAAUCAUCAAACUCAUUUUUUUCACUACCAGAACUCGCAACGCUAUCGCUACAAUAACAACAUAAUAAUACAUAGCCAACAAUUACAGCAACAGCAACAGCAGCAGCAUCAACAACAACAACAACAUCAAUAUUUAAUACCACAAUUAGCAACAUCAAUAACCGCAGGCGUAACAGCUACGACAGCUACCAAUAUAACGCAUACGCACAACAUGAACAGCAAUCAUAAUCCAAAUAAUCAUCAUCAAUGCAAAUCGAGACGCAAAUUACAGAAAUUGUAUUAUACACUAUGCCGAUAAAGUUGUCGUCUUUUAUAGAACCUCGUAUUGCUUCGAUGCUUAUUACUGCAAGUUUAAAACUGUUGACAAACGGUUCGUAUGCUUGCUUGUUGUGUGAAAUCAAGGUGUGUAUUCAUUCAUUCUUCUUUCUUUCUUUUUUUUUUUUUUUGUUUUCCUUUUUUUUUUCAUUUUUUUUUUCAUUUUUUUUUUAUUAGUUUUUAUUCCAGUGCAAUACAUAAUAAGAUUUCCUAUGAAAGCAAGACUAAUUUAAUUAAUUUUUUUAACCAAAUUAUGAAAAUUAAUUUAUUAAUCUCCUAAGCAUAUAUAUCUUUCGAUGAAAGUGUUCGCAGAAAAUGUGAGCAUUUCGUAAAUAUUCUCGAAUCGGGCAUCAUUUUUCCAUAAAUUAAAUUUAAUUAAAAAAUCAAUUAAUCGCUUUAUAAUACAAACAUAACGUAAAGUAAGAAAUAUCCCUUGACAAGCUAUAUAUGAUAUAUAGCAAUUAUAAACAAGUUCAGAAAAUUAAUGCAAAGCAGACGUAGGUAUUGUUAACAAAAAUUAUUUUACCUUUAUUAGAACAAUGUCCUUUUUAAGCUUAAUAUAUUUAUAUAUAUAUAUAUAUUACUGCAAUUUUCAUCGCUGAAAGACUUUCUACAGUUUCGGUAAACACGCAAAGGAUUAUAGCCUAAGGAAGGGAAAUCUGAUGAAUACAAUGAAAUAGUUAAGAGAAUAGAACUCGCAAAGAGGAACCUUCUCUAAGAGUCACUGCUCUCACUAUUUUGAUGCAAAAUUUCUUUAAUCACAAUUCAAGCCAAAUCGUAGCAAUUGAAUUUUCGCCUCAAAUUAUGUCCAAUAUUUUUUCUUCCCAAUUUGAAUGCAAUCAGCCAUUAAGCAAACAUCUUUUGUAUCUUUGAAAUGCCCCUGAACAAUUGCCCCGGCAAUAAUUUACAAUAUAUUUUAUAAGAAUUUUUCAAGCAGUAAGUAAGACCACUGUACGUUUUACGAAAAACAAAUAUUUCUUAAUAAAAUCAAAAAGACAAUUAUGAAUGUGGAAAAAGGUUUAUUUAGAUGGUGGAAAAAUUAGAUAUGACCAGUAUACGAAUCGUGAGACAUUAAAUGUGUUUGAAAACGGCCAACAACCAUAGUUCAGAUAAUUUCCAUUUUUCCCAUUCAAAUGUUUUACAAGUUUUCUUAAAACAAUAUCAUAGGAUAUUUUCGAUAAAUUAUUUUUCAAACAUUUUCUGUUAACAAAAGAGCGAGAUCAACAACAAUAUAACUAAAAAAAUCGUAAGUUUUUCUCUAGAUAAUAAGUUUGUAAGAUAAAUUUGUACGUUUUUUUGGUUUUUUUUUUUUUUUCAAUUAAAGUGUGGACCAUAGGUAGUUAUAUUACAUGCCGUAGGACUACUUAAAUUAAUAAUAAGUAGUGACCUUUACUUCCAUUCAAAACUAAACGUAGAUUUUUUUUUUUUUUUGUAAGCUUUGGAGUGGGAUGGUCAUCGAGGCCAAUAACUUCAAUCUUGGACCGUUUGUUGUUUACGAUAUUAUUGAAAGUUUUGCUGAAACUUCCCUUAGAUUUAUCCACAAAACUAACGAAAAGUAUUUAGAACGCCUAAGGGCAAUAGCUGUUACGACCGGGAUUAUCCCGGAUCUAAAAUAAAUUGGGAAGCAUGUAGAUAGGUUCAGGCAAUCAAAGAGAAAUGCUGAUGACAUUUCAUGUUUGUAUUGAAAUAUUCGUGAUAUUUAUUACAUUAUUGUCGCUACAGUAAGUUUCCUAAAAGUUAAGACAUAUCGGUUACUAUCGCAAUAUUCUGUUCCUUGCCUUAUGUUCGAUUUAGAAACAUAGACAUUAUUAGAUGUCAGUCAGUAAGACAUUUAUCGGUAAUUGUUGGUCAGGCGGUUCUUCAAUAAAAUGUAAGAGGAAAGUGGAAUGAGGGAACACCGAUCGUAUAACUGCAAAAGUGUAGAUCUUCUCGCAAAGAUAUUUGUUGUUUACCUUUACAAAUUUUUAUUUUUAUAUAACAUUUAUAUAAAAUUCUUUUCGCCAACAUAUAUAUGAAGCUUUUCUUAUUUAUCACUUGAUCGUUAUUCUCUCUCAUUCGUUAAAAACUAAACUUAUUUUCGAAUUAAGAAUGAAAGUAUUUAUGAUCUUAAUUGAUUUCGAACAUUUCUUACUUUAUGUUAUGUAUAAAUUAGUUAAAAGAUUUUUUAUAUUAAAUGUGAUUUACUUACAUCUUUUUUCCCCUUCAUUGAUUGAACGGAGAAGGGAUAAUUUAUUAAAAACAUUUCAUCUAUUUAUCUAUCUGCCUUCUGACUGUAAACUUAUUUUAGUUUGUAAUUAUCAUUGAAAUAUUUCAUAAAAACUUUCGCGUAAUGAAUGAAAGUGCGUUUUUCUUUUUUCUCGUUGCUCAAUCCCCCUAUUGUGUAUUUAAAGAAUUUUUCUAUACUUAAAGCAUAAAUAAAUAAAUAAAUGUUGUAGAACUUGCAAAGCAUCAAUAGAAAGAAACGUAUUUGAAAAACAAAAAUGUUUUAACAAAAAGAAACAAAAAAAAAAAA